AUGUUCUCCCGUCAGCUUCAACGCCUUCUAAGCAACAGCGGCGAUCUUUCCUCCUCAUUUUUGGCCACCACCACCACAACGGCAGUUAGAGCGUUGUCUGGUUCCGGCGGCAAGGUGGCCUCUUUCCAGACGAAGCCCUUCAAGUUGCACCGACUUGAGUACGGCCCCUCAACUGAGGUGUCAGUCAGCGAUGAGGACGCCCUCAAGUUCUACCGGGAAAUGGCCACCGUCCGCCGACUGGAGGCGGCCGCCAAUGCGCUGUACAAGGAGAAAGCGGUCAGAGGCUUCUGUCAUCUGUACACCGGCCAGGAGGCAGUCUGCGUCGGCAUGGAGGCCGCCAUUACCAAAAAGGACGCCGUCAUCACCGCCUACCGCGCCCACGGCUGGACCUACGUCCGCGGCGUCAGUCUGGUGGGCGUGCUGGCCGAGCUGACCGGCCGAAAGACGGGCUGCGCCCGAGGAAAGGGCGGCUCCAUGCACAUGUACCACGAUCGAUUCUACGGCGGCAACGGCAUCGUCGGCGCGCAGAUGCCCCUCGGCGCCGGCAUCGCCCUCGGCCAGAAGUACGCCGACAGCGGCGAGCUGACGCUGGCCCUCUGCGGCGACGGCGCCGCCAACCAGGGCCAGGUCUUCGAGGUGUACAACAUGGCGAAGCUGUGGGGCCUGCCGGUGAUCUUCAUCACCGAAAACAACGGCUACG